GUCGCUUCCUUCAUUUCGGGCUGCCUGUUGAUUGACGUAUUUUUACAUUCUUACCUACUUUUGGGAUGAUAUAGUGUUCUUUUCCAGUUGUGUGUCUUGCGCGUGAUUAAUUACGUAAUUAUCUCUAUAAUUGUGGCAGUGCAGUGAACAUGGGGAGUCAUCACAGCCAUGAAAACAAAGGUGCAGAGGUUGCAAGUGGCAAUAGCACACCGAGAGGUUCUAAGCGCGGUUCAUCGCGAUCGGGCUCAGGUGGGGAGCUGCAGGCUCUCCCUGAGAAGGUGGAGAAGCCCCCGCCUUCCAUGGUGCCCGUCGAGAAGCUCGGCAAGUUGCUCGCGCAGAGGUCACGCGAAGAAGAAGGCAUCAAUGGAGUCACUGAAAAAUGCUUCACAAAAUACCUGUUCCCCAUGUAUCCGGAGCUGGCGCGGCACUUCUACAAGUACAUCCACCGCGCGGGCAAGUGCAAGAACAAGCACAUCCCGCUGGCCACAUUCCGGCAGCACUGCGAGAGGAUCCUCAGCAUGCUGGACAAUGCGGCCAUCAUCGAUACAUACGUCAGAAUGUUUGGCGCUGAGACAGACGACAACAUGGUGACCCCGGACGGGUUCCGCAGCUUACUAUACACCAGCUACAAGCUGUCCAUGGAUCACUACCCCGAAGGACCACAGACCUGCCCCAUGAUCGACAAAACGCUGUCAGCAGUAGUAAAGGGUUGUUUCAACAAUAAAGAUUGUCACAGCAUCGGGUUCGUGGUGCGCUGGCUCGAGGAACAUUGCCAUCGACUUAUAUUCCCCAUACACAGGUAUUGCGUCCACAUGCUGGCGACGCGGCACCGCGACAUAGAGGCAGCUCGUCAGAGCCAGCCCUCGACCUUGGAGCUGGGUACUCCGGUGCUGACGCGCGCUGCCCCCCUGCCGCUGUCGAUGGCGUGGCUGCUGGCGGGCUGUGCCCCAGCGCUGUACUCGCGCCCGCUGCACGCGCCCGCACCCGGCGCUUUGGCCAGCGCGACGUGGUUAGCUCGACUAGUAUGCGCGGUGCCGUCGCACUGGGUGCCGCUCUACUGCUCGAGGGAUCACGGGCUGGGGGCCAAUAGGUUCCUGCACCAUACUACCUCAUACCGCGGUCCCACCAUAGUGAUAUUGGAAGCGGCGGGUGUGACCGUAGUGGUGUGCGCGCCGGUGGAGUGGCGGGAGACGCACCAGUACUGGGGCACCGCUGACACGGCGCUCAUACAGUUGUUCCCUGCGUUCGCGCUAAUAGAAUGCGCCCCCCGCAUGCUGUACCUGAACACGUCGAUAAGGGGAUACCCCAAGGGGCUGCGCGCGGGCAGCGACCCCAGGAAGCCUCUCCUCGACGUGCCUGAGGACUUCGACACCAUCACCUUCCAGGGGGCGCCGUAUACGCUCAAUGCCAUACAGGUAUGGGGCUGCGGAGACCAGGCGUCGCGGGAGAUCCAGCUGGACAUCAAGAAGUGGCAGGUGAAGGAGGCCGAGCGACAAAGACAAGUGAAGCUGUCAGCGGCGGAUUGGUUAGAACACCCGGACCGGUACCUGCUGCAGCUGGCGGGCCGGCCCGUAUACAACGAUACGGCGCAAUGACAGGUAUACUAUAUAUAUACACGGGGACCGGGACCGGGACCGGGACCUGCUGCAGCUGGCGGGCCGGCCCGUAUACAACGAUACGGCGCAAUGACAGGAAUAGAUCUACGGGACUCAUUUAUGUGUAAGAAAAAUGAUACUUAUAUCAAGAUGAUGGCUCCUAUUUUCUUAUACCAAAACCUAUUUUUUACCAAAACAAUUUAUUCUAUCUUACACCUAAAAUCACAAUAAAACAGCAAUCAACACAUUCAUAUCUAUUUAAAAGUUAUUUUAUACAAGUCUGUGAGUAUUUAUAUUAUCAAUCAAAUAGACGAUUGCUUUAAAGUAGACUUUAAAACUAUUUUCAUAGGAUUGCAAUUUCCUCGGUGUAUUAUUAUAUUUUAUUGUAAAACUUUCCAAAUAAGUACAUAAUCUUUUUCGAUUUUCUAAUAAACUCUAACAUCACUAUUAUUAAGUAUUAACUCUAUAUGGCUUUAGACUAGUAGUUUCGUACUUACAUACCUCUGAAUCAUAUUUUACUUUAGCGCAUAAUUUGUCUCCGAACUGUAAAUGUAAUUAGGAAAAUCAAAUAAGAACUGUAUGUAUCAUAAAAAAAGGACAGGUUGCACUCCGGGAGUGCCGGCAGAAGUGAAAACUUGAAUAUUAAUGUUGUGCAUUUUUGACAUUUUGGAAUGGUUACGGCAUAUUUUUGCACUAAUUGCUUUAAUUAUCAGUAUAAAAGUACUAUCGUGUAUGUGAAUACAACAUUUAUUUAUUGCGCUAUCGUACACAAACAUGACAAUUUAUAUUACAUUAAAAAAUAUUAUCUCUCAGAAAAAUCAACUUACAUGAAUCUUGUUUAAGCGCACCUAGCGACAUCUAUUGUAAAAAAAUGCAUUUUCUUCGCAAUAAAGCUGCCACCUGGACGUCCUAGUUAGACUUAUUAUUAUAAUACGAUAAAAUAAAAUAUUACUAUGUUUCGUCCAAUAUUGUGAAAGUCAACAACGUUUCCAGUUUUAUUGUGUGUCAUGAUGCGAUCAGCCCACGUGUUUAACCUGACGCGAGUUUAACAUUUUUUACCCAUACAAAAAAAAGUGUACAACGCCGCUAAAGAAGUUUUCACUUCAAAAACUUGUCAAACAACAGUGUUUUAAAAACUUAUCUUAUUUUCCUAUGAAAUGAGAAACAGCCCUACUAAAAGGCUUAUUAAUAGAGUUCCGUAGUUAGUGACACUUUGGAUACGGAACCCAAUAAAUGGUCACUUGAUCUCCUGUUUUGUUUGAGCUAAGUAAGUACUAGUUGUACUUGUAGAAGUGCCUUAAUAUUAAAAUGGCUAAAGUAGGACAUUAAUAUUGAAACAUGUUUGUUUUUAAUGCGAUAACCAUUUUAAAUGUUUGCAUAAAUACGAAAGCAACAUAACAUGAGAGAGAAAAACAUAUAGUAGAUUAUUCUAUU